GCCAUUCUCGAUUUAUUUACAAGCGAGCGCACAUUUGUCGCUCCGCUGCUGGACGAGCGAAUCGCGCGGACGCGGUAAUUCGAUCUCGUUCGAUUAAUGCCAUUCGGAACGUCACGAUGUUCAGAUCGGCCAGUGCUGUUGUUGCCGUUUUAAUUUUCAUAUUUUUAUCGGUGCGAGCUGAUAGCGACAAUGCACCAAUCGUCGAAACACCUCUAGGCAGUGUCAAAGGGUACAGAAAAAUUUCACAAAACGGACGCUCCUACUCGGCGUUCGAAGGACUCCCUUACGCUUUGCCUCCAAUUGGAAAACUUCGCUUUGAGCCACCGCAAUCGGUGAAAAAAUGGCCUGGAAUUUUACUGGCGACGAGCAAGUCCCACCCGUGCCUCCAGUAUAACCAUAUACCGGCGCGCAUGGAGGAUAGCCCGAUCGCAGGCUCGGAGGACUGUCUUUAUCUGAAUGUCUACGUGCCGCAAGUCGAGCGAGCCGGCCCCUUGCCCGUGGUCGUCUACAUACAUGGCGGCGCUUUCCAAAUGGGCUCGGGAAAUUUGUACGGGGCCAAGUACAUCAUGGACAAAAAUGUCAUCUUCGUGACGUUGAAUUAUCGCUUGGGACCUCUCGGUUUCUUGAGCACCGAAGACGGCGUGGUUCCCGGUAACAUGGGUCUGAAGGAUCAAAGCAUGGCCCUGCGCUGGGUCCACGACAACAUCAAGCACUUUGGCGGCGAUCCCAAAAAAGUAACCAUCAUAGGUCAGAGCGCAGGAGGCGCGAGCGUUCAUUAUCACUACUUGUCGCCCCUUAGUUCCGGCCUCUUUCACGCAGGCAUAUCGAUAAGCGGCACUGCUCUAUUGUGCUGGGCCCAGGCGGAAGCCGCUCAAGAGAAAGCCCGAAAGCUGUCAGAUUUGAUGGGUUGCCCGACAGGUGACAAUGCCAAAAUGAUCGAUUGUUUGAAGAGCAGACCUGGCAACGCGAUUGUGCAAGCUGUCAAAGAAUUCAUGCCGUGGCUGUACAAUCCUUACACGCCGUUCGGACCAGUGGUGGAAAAGGUAGGAAACAAGCCUUUUAUCAAUCAACCACCUGUGGAGCUGCUCGCGAGCGGACACGUGCAAGACGUGCCGUGGAUAACAAGCGUCACCAGCGAGGAGGGGCUCUAUCCAGUUGCCGAUUUCGCUGCCAGCGAGCAACUUCUGCAGGAGCUGGAUGAAAAAUGGGAAAAGCUGGCACCGCACUUGCUCGACUUUAAUUACACAAUUAGCCCGGAUAUUCACGGACAAAUUUCACAAAAAAUCAGAAGACAUUACCUGGGAAAUAACCCCAUUAACAGGGAUAACGUGGGUUCAAUCACGCAAAUGGUCGGCGACAGGCUGUUCGUGGUGGACGGCGAGAAAGCCGCGCGGAUGCAGGCCAGAGUUAAUAAGAGCCCGGUGCACUUUUAUUACUACACCUACAGAGCCUCGGCGAGUCUCAGCGAUCUGUUUACUGGAACUACCGAGGACUUGGGUGUCAGUCAUGCCGAUGAUGCAUUUUUAUUCGUCGAAAAUCCUUUUAUGAAGCCAACAACUGAAGACGAUUUGGCGAUGAAAGACGAUUUGUUGCAUGUAUUAGAAUCUUAUGCUUCAAAUGGGUCAAGUGGAUUAGUUUCUCACUGGAAUCCUGUCCGUCCUUCAGACGAAGAUUUCCACUUCUUACAUAUUAAAGGACCAUCAAAUUUCGAUAUGGAUAGUAAGAAAAAUUUUGGUGAAAAAUUAUUUUGGAAAUCUAUUCAUUUUGAAGAAAACGCUCUUGAUUCUGCAAAAAACAGAGAUGAAUUAUAAUUGUAUCUAAUCAAAAGGGUAAAAAAUAUUUUAUAAAAUAUUAUUCAAAAUGUAUUUACUGAUCGAUAACGUUUAUUUAAUUACUAAUGGUUAUUUUUAGCUUGAAUUAUUAAAAAAAAAAUAAAUAAAAUUCAUUAUGCAAUAGGAAAAAUUGUCUCAAUUAUAGUUUUCAUCACUGUUUAUCAUUGUUUAAUUUUAUCAUUAAAUUUUAAUGUUUAAAAAA